AUGGGCAGCCGCUGGCUGCUGCUACUGCUGCUGCUGCUGCUCAGGGACAGAGCCCUCAACCUGCCUGGCCGUGCUUUCGUCUGGGUCAUUGCCUCAGACCCACCUUCCAGAAAAGGCUUUGUGCUUAACAGAAAUCUAUCCUGCCCGUCUACGAGUUCAGGUGUCCCUCACAAUACGAAAGCCCACAUCUCCACAGAGGAGCUCAGCAGUCCCUCAGUGACGGAGACACCCACGUCUAAGUCCCAGGAACAGAUGACAGCGGCCAUGCUCCCAGCAUCACCCGAAGGCAGCUGUGAAACCCACCAUGAGCCGCCGGCCUCAGCAGCGCACACACCUGCCGGGACAGCCACCACCGACAGCCCGUCACUGUCAGAUUCCACGGUGGCCGCCACAGUAAAGGAACCGCUAGGGGCACCCCAAACCACAGUUUUAUCCAGCUUGGCCCCUCCACCUGAGAGCCCACCACCGAAUCUAACUGUACCCUCCUCCGCACCGGACAAGGCCAAUGACAAUGAACCCUCGACAAACACCUCUUCAGCAAGCACAACCACCCUGAGGGCAACCGAGGGCUCGGCCACGUCUGGGGCUCAGGGAAGGGACACUACGCCUGUACCCUCACACACAGCAACCACCCCCACAAAGGGCAAGCCACCAGACACACAGCACAGCUCAGUCCCGCAGACCCCUUCCCAGCCGGCACAGACAGGCUCUAAUGUCAGCACAAUUCUAGUCCCAGAGGUGUCACCACCAAAGCCUACCACCCCUGGAGUGAGAUCAUCAGUGUCCCCAGAGGAGGCGGACACAGCCGUGACGACACCUUCAAUGGCGUCAAGCACAGCAGAGGAUGCCAGCCCACCCUCUGGAACUGGGACACCCACCGAGCCCAAGACGUUAACCCCAACCCCGCCCUCACCAACACUGGACAAAGUCGGUGACAUAAAUAAACCUUUACCCGUGACAACCUCGGCCGCUACAAACACCACCUCACCUACUCCAGCCACCCUGAACACAGCCGCCUCCGAGACUCAGGACAGGGACACUGCAGCUGGGCCCCCGACCCCAGCAACCACCCCCACAACGAGCAAGCCACCAGACACACACCAGGACUCAGUCACACGGACACCUUCCCAGCCAGCGCCCACGGGCUCAAGCGUGGGCUCGGGUGCCGCCCAGUCACCUAACCAUUCCACAGCCCGUGCCCCCAGCUCCUCAGACACAACCACAUCCUCCACUGUGACCAGCAAAGCACCCCCCGGCUCUAGCCAGAGCAGUGCUCCAGGAGGUGGCACCUGUGCUUUGGAUGAGUAUCUGGCCAGCCCGGGGGGUUGUAUGUGUAAUGACAGCUACUAUCCCGAUUUGGAACUAUCCAGGGAGAUAGCGACCCUGCGCUGCAGGCCGCGGGACAUUGAGGUGACUCUCAGGAGCUGUUUCCUGAAGACUCGCCACUGGGCCCUGAAGAAUGAAACCUUGACGUGUUUCAGUAUCAAUAGGAUAGAACAGGGUCACCGGGUCCAGGUCUUUCAGCUGGAGAAGAAGGAGGGAACUUGCGGACUCCACCUCGCUACCAACGCCAGCCAUGCCCUGCACUCUUUGGAUGUGCACCUUGAACAGGCUCUCCCUGGCGCCAGCAACACCAGCUUCAAAGUGCUACAGCUAAGCUGCGCGUACCCCCUGGUGGUGAACGCCAGCAAGCCUGUCUCCAGCCAGGAGGUGUCCAUUCUCACCAACCACGUUCCAAGUACUGGGGAGCUUGCCUUCACCCUGAGCAUCUUCACAGACCCUGAGCUCUCCACUCCGCUCAAGAACAGUACGGCUCCUGUCGGCAUGACCCUCUACGUGGUCCUCAAGUGUACCAACAGUGAUCCUGCCCAAUUUGCCCUGGUGGCUAACGAGGUCUUUGCCAGUACCAACCAAUCCAACACAGAGGCUGAGGCCACCCAUCAUUUUGUGAAGGACAGCUGCCCAGUCCGGGGCCGGAUGCUUCAGGACUUGACCAACGGGGCCUCCAUAUACGUGACGCUGGCCUUCACUCUGUCACGAUUCUUGAAUAGCGACACGCUCUACCUCCAUGCCCAAGUGACCCUCUGUGACAAGCAAGCGGGUCGCCCGUGCCAACCGUCCUGCAGUGGGAAGAAUCCCCUGAGGAGAAGUUCGCCCUGGGACGCUCGAGCCGGGACCCACGUGGAGCCUGGAGGUGGCAAGUGGAUAGUGUUCGGGCCUCUCCGAAUAAGUGAGUCCAGAGCCUCCAGCAGCUGGAGCCCAGCAGGAGCCUGGAUGUCCAUCUUUCUCUUGAUCCUGAUUGGCUGGAUGCUGGAAUAA